AUGAACCAAGUUGGCAUCAUGAACCAAAGCUCUAAGUCAUCGCCUGAAAACACUAGUACCACCUCUAAACAACCAAAGUUCUUGGGCGUUCGUAGGCGACCAUGGGGACGGUAUGCCGCCGAGAUAAGAGAUCCAUCAACCAAACAAAGGCAUUGGCUCGGCACUUUUGACACCGCCGAAGAAGCAGCCAUUGCCUAUGACCGAGCCGCGCGCUCUAUGCGCGGCUCACUUGCUCGUACCAACUUUGUAUACUCUGACAUGCCAGCAGGGUCGUCCGUCACCUCCAUUAUCUCACCCGACGACCCUUCUUCCGCUUUAACUUUACCACCUCAGCUGUCACUGCCACUGCCACUAUCAUCGCCACCACAGUUUCCAAACAAGCAGGAUGAUGGUCAUCCUUUUGUUCUAGAUAAUAAUUGUAAUUAUUAUCAGUUUCAGCAGUUGACUGACACUGACUAUCAGUCAAGUCAGUCAACUGCUGGAUUUGGUAUACUGGACGAAUAUAAUUAUUCGUCCAGCAUGAUCAUGAAUACUGGUGCUAUAUAUUCAACUUCCAAUGGAGAUAAUUCAUUAAUGCAUGGAUAUAACAGUUAUGCAUGUAUUAAUGACAGCAUUAACGCUGGUGGUAACUUUUCAGGAAGUGAACAUGAUAAUAUAACCCAAGGGCAACAUCAAGGGGUUAUGUUUGGAAACGAGUCGGGUGUACCAACCGCCUUUUCGUCGUAUGUGGGAUUCGAUGGUUACGACUAUGUACACAGCCCGCUUUUCGGGCAAAUGCCACCGGUUUUGGAUCCUUCUGCUGAUUCGUUUUCGCUUAGUUCGUCACCGUUCUUUCAGUGAUUGUUUUGUGUUUAGUUGUGGGGCUCUUGUAAGGUUGUUAAUGGGCACAGAGUGUGAAUGCGGUGAACCGGGCCGUCCCUCCAUCCCUUUGAUCAUCGUGACCUACAAGAGAAGAGAAGAGAAGAGAUGCUACUGAUGUAAUGACUGAGAUACUGUUGGUUUGAUUAAUUAAGUGUGUGUAUUUCUAUUGUGUUGUUAAUUUGGUAUGUACUUGGUCCAUGGUUUAUGUUUAACUCACUUGAAACUAA